AUGACCUUCGUGGAGCUUCUGACCCACCUGGGUGGGAUGGGCCGUUUCCAGAUGACCUACGUGGCCGCCUUGGCCAUUCCUCUACUCAUGUUGGCCAGUCACAACCUUCUGCAGAACUUCACCGCCGGCGUCCCCGAGCAUCACUGCCGACCUCGGCCCAUGGCCAACACCAGCGCCGGGGAGGAGGUCCCACUCCUCAUCUCCAUCCCCUCUGAUGGCCACCACCGUCCCCAACGUUGCCGUCGUUACGUAGAACUUCAGUGGCACCUCUUGAAGGUCAACGGGACGGUCAACGAGACGGUCAACGGAGCGGCCACCGAACCUUGUCAUGAUGGUUGGACCUACCAAGAUGGUGUCUUCACUCAAACCAUCGUUACCGAGUGGGACCUGGUGUGUGAGUCCAAGAGGUUGAGGCAGGUGGCCCAAUCCAUCUACAUGGGCGGGAUCCUCCUGGGUUCUGGGCUCUUCGGGAUCCUCUCUGAUAAGUUCGGGCGCCGGGCGCUGCUGAGCUGGUGUUACCUGCAGUUGGGGGUGACGGGGGCCGGCACCGCGGCCGCCCCCACCUUCGUCAUCUACUGUCUCUGCCGGUUCCUGACGGGCCUGGCCAUGGCCGGGGUGUCCCUCAACUCCGCGUCCCUCU